AUGUCGGUGAUUGAACACCAAUUGUAUUAUCCGGGAACUUUUGUAGGAUUCCGUCUCGAGCUUCGUACCGCAGCUAGCGAUUUACCGGAUGAUUUCCGCCCUCGAACUUCGUUGGUCCGCGUAGCUCUUCAUGCCUUGGUGAAUCGAUUCUGCGGGGCGCAGACGGUGGCCAAGAUCUUGGGGAUUCCACGGGGAUGCGGAGGCGAAGCUAGGCAGUAG